UUAAACUCUGAUUGUAUCAUUAGACACAAUACAGUGAAUAAUAAUUCUUGACUUGCUAUAAUUGAUUCCAAAAGACAAAUAAGAUUUCAUAUACCAGACAUAAAUUUAAAUAACAGGGGAAAAAAUUACGUCAGCUGUAAAUUUUGCGAAGUAGUAUAUAAAUUUAACAGAUACCUAUAGGUAGUUUGUUUUAUGCGGGCAGUCAUGCGUGUUUUGCUCCUAAUUUGUUUGUCUUUUGGUAUUUACGCGCAUUAUGAAGCACAAAGAACUGGUCAUAGGAUGAGGCAGUUAAAAGAUCACACCAUGAAGAAGCAACCAAAGAAGAAGUUGUUUCUCGGCACUGCACUUGUGGGCGCUAUGAAAAUAGUUACGCAUGUUGCUGCUAUUCUAUCAGUCGUUGAUGUCACAACCUCUUUAUUGGAUCGGUAUUCUGAGAAGCCCAAAAACCAUGAAGAUAAGACCAAAAAAGAAGGAAUUAACGAAGUUGACGGGGAAUUAGUGGACGCAGAGACGGAAGAAGACGUGGAAUUAGUUGAUGAAAACACGGAUGAAGAUGAGUAGAAUAAAAAGAAGUAGAUAUAUUAUAACAAUAUAAUGAUUUA